CAAGUUUCACCACUUUGAUUAAGAUCAACAUUCUUUAACGUUGAGCAUUUAAACCCCCUUCUCAAAGAAAAGCUUCUACAUACAAGCAAAAAAAAAUUACAAAACUGAAUGACGGGACUGUUACGUUAUCUACAUUCUACACAAAAUGAUGAUGAUACACAUUGGGUUCUUGGUCCUCGCGUUUUGUUUGUCGGGUUCAUGUGACAAUCAGACUGUCUGCAGUUACCAAUACCUGCUGAACAACCUGACUGUAUCCGGCCUCCCCGGUCCUGAUGUGCGACCGGUGAAAGACUGGAGAAAACCGACCACUGUGAACAUCGACUUUAACCUCUACACGGUCAUCAAAUUUGACACAGGUUUACAAUCGUUAACUACCCUUAUCUGGUUCUAUAUGACAUGGAACAAUGAGUAUAUUUCCUGGGAUCCAAAAGAUUUCUGUGGAAUUGAAAAAAUGUAUAUUCUGGGCGAUAUGUUAUGGAAACCAGACCUUUACAUCUAUGAUUUGACAGAAUUUACUAAUGAAACUUUAAAGACUCUCUAUUAUACCAUCAAGUCCAAUGGACAAACCUCUUAUUCAUCCCCUUUACGGAUUGUAAGCAACUGUCACAUGGCUAUCUCAAAAUUCCCUUUUGACACACAAACUUGCCAGUUGGAAUUUGGUCCCUAUUAUCACAAAGUCCAGGACAUCACCAUGAUACCAAGCGUAAAUUCCAGCCAGAAACACCUAACGGCAAAGGACAUUUAUGUUACCAGAGGAGAGUGGUUCUUGGAUGAUAUUACCGUUCACAAUUCUACAGAUGCAAGCAAUUACAGUCGAGUGACAUAUAAUAUAAUAAUUAGAAGAGCUUCAGUUGCAUAUGUUAUUAACCUGAUCAUCCCGUCAUUCUUUCUGGUUUUAUUGGACGUUGCCAGUAUGUUCAUGCGAACAGAAACUACAGUGAAGCUUGGAUUUAAACUUGGGAUAGUUAUGGGGUUCUCUGUAGUUUUAGUGAUUCUGAAUAAUAUGAUCCCCAGCUCUGACAGCAUACCUAUUUUAGGUAUUUUCUGCGCGAUGUGUAUGGGCAUAAUGGUGGUGAGUAAUGUAGCCUGCUUGGCAACACUGUAUAUGGAAACACGUGAAACUCACCAAGAAGUCCCGCCAUGGGUAAAGUUCUGGGUCUUGAAACAUUUGGCACGCGUCCUUUGCUUCCAUCUAGAAUCAACAGACGCAAAUCUGGUCACUGUGGUGAAAGUUGAACAAACUGUUGAAGAUGGUACCAGAACAAAGAGGAAAGCUGAACUUCAGGACAGAAGUAAAUGUUUUUCCAAAGAAGCAGAUGUUACUUUGGAAGUAAAGUUGUUAAAAGGGUUACUUGCAGAAGUUCUGAAGAUCCACCAACAUGUGAUUAGCUAUAAGAGCAAGAAUGAUGCCAAGUCUGAAUGGCAGCUUGCAGCCUUGGUAGUGGAUCGGUUUAUCCUUAUUGUGUACCUCAUCAUUAUUAUUAUAAUGUUUGGCAUUCUGAUUGGGGUUUGGUGUAGCUGAGUGGUAUUAGGGGAAAACAAAGGUCCAGAAGCA